CAGGCCUCAGGCCCGUGCCUGACAAAAAAAGCCAGCCCAGGCUUGAUACAAAAGCAUCAUCUGUUCAUUAUCCUAAAAAAUAAGAUCAAAUGAACAUAAUUUCUUCAAAAUAAUUGGGCGCCAAAUAAUUGAAGAACCUUUUUUUUUUUCGGUCUCAACAAUCUGAUUGAGAAAGAUACGCAAAAAUAAAGAGAGAUAAGAGGGUUAUGUUUCUUUCUAGGUGCACGGUUGAGCUUUCGAGUCGAGGUUAAGGUAGUUCAGGCUCGGCUCAUUAGAGUCUUGAGCUGAUCUCGGACUCGAAUGGAGCCCUCUCGCUUUGAUAUAGCUUUGACUGAGCCGAACUUGAAUAGUUUGUGAACCAUCCAGGCUCAUUAACACCUCUAACUUUACUUAUGGAUUUUGACUUGCGUUAUUAUGUACAACUAUUAAAAUCUUGCAACACCCACAACUCCGUUAAUCAAAUUAAGCAAAUCCACCUCGUUUUCCUCAAAAAGGGCAUUCUUAAUUCCAUAAUUAGCAUCAGUAAUCGCCUUCUUCAAGUUUAUGCUAAAUGUGGUACCAUGAGUGAUGCAGUUAAACUGUUCGAUGAAAUGCCCCAGAGAAACUGCUUUUCUUGGAAUACUCUCAUUGAGGGAUUCAUGAAGUCAGGGAACAGAGAUCAAUCAUUACAAGUUUUCAAUUCCAUGCCUUACAAGGAUGAUUUCUCAUGGAAUGUGGUGAUUUCCGUGUGUGUGAAAUCGGGCGACUUGGGUUUAGCUAGGAUGUUAUUUAAUCAGAUGCCGAGAAAGAAUGGUAUUGCUUGGAAUUCAAUGCUUCAUGGGUAUGCUCGUCGCGGGUUUUCGAGAGAAGCUUUGAGGAUGUUCAAAGAUAUGAACUUUGAUUCUGUUGAGUCAGGGAAGAGGGAUCCUUUUGUUUUGACAACUGUAGUUGGUGCCUGUACUGAUAUGAUGGCUCUUAGUUGUGGGAAGCAAAUUCAUGCUAGGAUUGUCAUUGAUGGAGUUGAGUUCGAUACAAUAUUAGGGAGUUCUCUUGUUAAUUUGUAUAGCAAGUGUGGUGAUUUAGACAAUGCAAAACAGGUCUUUAAGUUGACAAAAGAGACUGAUGAAUAUUCACUUUCUGCAUUGAUUACAGGAUAUGCAAAUGUGGGUAAAUUGGAUGAUGCUAGAAUAAUAUUUGAUAUAAUGACUAAUCCAUGUGUUGUGGUUUGGAAUUCACUGAUUUCUGGGUAUGUCACUAAUGAUCAACCAAGAGAAGCGUUGGAUUUAUUCAACAUGAUGAGGAACAAGGACUUGAAGCCGGAUUGCUCUACCUUUACUAGCGUUUUAAGUGCUUGUUCGAGUCUUGGUGUUCCUGAUUAUGGAAAACAAUUGCACAAUCAUGCUUGCAAAGCUGGGGUCUCAAUGGACGUUGUUGUUGCAUGUUCUCUUAUUGAUAUGUAUUCCAAAUGCGGUAAUCCAGAUGAUGCUUGCGAAUUCUUCAGCGAGCUUGAGCUUCAUGAUAUUGUUCUUCUGAAUUCUAUGAUCAAUGUGUACUGUAACUGUGGAAGAGUGCAGGAAGCCAAAAAUAUGUUUGACAAUAUGCAAGAUAAAACCUUGAUCUCGUGGAAUUCAAUGUUGGCAGGUUUUAGUCAAAAUGGUUGUCCCCUUUCAGCUUUGGAGCUAUUUUGCAAUAUGAAUUCGCUUGAAGUUCGAAUGGACAAAUUUAGUCUUGCAAGUGUGAUCAGCUCCUGUGCCACCAUCACUUCGCUUAAAUUUGGUGAGCAGGUUUUUGCAAGAGCCACGAUUAUUGGCCUAGAAUCUGACUUGAUUGUUUGUACCUCACUCAUCGAUUUCUAUUGCAAGUGUGGGUUCAUUAACUUGGGCAGGCAGUUGUUUGAUGGAAUGGUCAAAUUCGAUGAAGUUUCUUGGAAUUCAAUGCUAACGGGCUAUGCUACGAAUGGGCAAGGAAUGGAGGUUUUGGAUUUGUUUUCUGACAUGAGAAAUGCUGGAGUUCAGCCCAAUGGUGUUACUUUUACUGUAAUUCUAUCUGCUUGCAGUCAUAGUGGACUGAUUGUGGAGGCCAGAAAGUGGUUUUAUUUGAUGAAAUCUGAUUAUAAUAUAGAGCCAGGAUAUGAACACUACACAUGCAUGGUUGAUCUUUUGGCUCGAGCUGGUUGCCUUGAGGAAGCAAUGGCUCUUAUUACGCAAAUGCCAUUCAAAGCAGAUGCUAGUAUGCUGUCUUCCGUGCUAAGAGGGUGUGUGGCCCAUGGAAAUAAGAAUCUGGGUAAGAAGGUCGCAGAGCUAAUGAUUCAUCUUGAUCCUGAAAAUUCAAGUGCUUAUGUCCAAUUGUCUGGAAUAUUUGCUACUUCGGGCGACUGGGAAGGAUCAAGACGAGUUAGAGAUAUGAUGAGAACUAAUUGCUCUGAAAAGAUUAGUGGUAUUAGCUGGUGAUUUCCAUGACCAAAGUUAUAUGUUUUGAUGAGAGGAGAUCAAAGGUUGGAGAGAAAUGAUGUGGCAUGAACAAUCCACACUGUAGCCAUGAGAGAAGCUGCAAGUUCUAACCUCAAUUUCAGCUGAUUGUUUGGUGAUUUUCAUUGUUGCUUGUGUAAUGAAGUUAUCCGUGCUUGGAGAGUUUUGUAAAUGCUCUUACACUUUCUGGCAUUACUUGGUGAAUUCGUAAAAGCAAAGCCAGAUAAGGUAAC